GUGUGUGUGUGUGUGUGUGUGUGUGUGUGUGUGUUAGAGUGUGAGUUUCUCCGGGCCAUAUAUAGGAGCAUGUUUGGUUACAGAGCUGUUGAUAAUCAGUGAUCAGACUGCAAAUCUCUCUCUCUUUGUCUCUCCUUCCCUUCGAGUCCUACACACAGCCUGUGAGGAAUAUAAAGAACAUUGCACUCUAGGCCCACUUUCAGCUGCAGUUGGAAGCCCGCUGUAGACCGUUUUUUUUUGUAGUGAAUUUCUGAGUUGCCUUGCAAAUAUGGAAGGAAUGAAUGACUUUGAUGAUGAUGGCUCCUUCAUGUUCACGUCAGAGUCAGUGGGAGAAGGCCACCCGGACAAGAUUUGCGACCAGAUCAGUGAUGCUGUGCUUGAUGCACAUUUGAAGCAGGACCCUGAUGCGAAGGUGGCCUGUGAGACUGUAUGUAAGACCGGUAUGGUGCUUCUGUGUGGUGAGAUCACAUCUCGGGCUAAUGUGGACUACCAAAAAGUUGUGAGGGACACCAUCAAACACAUCGGCUAUGAUAACUCUGAUAAAGGUUUUGACUACAAGACCUGCAAUGUGUUGGUGGCUCUGGAGCAGCAGUCUCCUGAUAUUGCACAGGGUGUCCAUGUUGACAGGCAUGAGGAGGACAUUGGAGCUGGAGACCAGGGUUUGAUGUUUGGUUACGCCACUGAUGAGACAGAGGAGUGCAUGCCCCUAACCAUUGUCCUUGCCCACAAACUGAAUGCCAAGAUGGCUGAACUCCGCCGUGACGGCACCAUUCCUUGGCUUCGUCCAGACUCAAAAACACAGGUCACUGUGCACUACAAGCAGGAGAAUGGAGCUGUGGUCCCACUGCGUGUGCACACUGUGGUCAUCUCAGUCCAACAUGAUGAUCUCAUCUCGCUGGAAGAGCAGAAGAGGAUUCUGAAGGAGAAGGUCAUCAAGGCUGUGGUGCCAGCCAAGUAUCUUGACGAGAAGACCGUAUACCAUCUCCAGCCCAGUGGCCGCUUCGUCAUUGGAGGACCACAGGGAGAUGCUGGAGUCACUGGAAGGAAGAUCAUUGUGGACACGUAUGGUGGAUGGGGUGCUCAUGGUGGCGGGGCCUUCUCUGGAAAGGACUACACCAAAGUGGACCGCUCUGCAGCUUAUGCUGCCCGCUGGGUGGCGAAGUCUUUGGUGAAGGCCAAGUUGUGCAAGAGAGUGCUGGUGCAGGUAUCUUAUGCAAUUGGAGUGGCCCACCCACUCUCUAUCUCACUCUUCACCUAUGGCUCUUCUGAGAAAACAGAGAAAGAACUGCUUCAGAUCGUCAACAAGAACUUUGACCUCCGGCCUGGUGUCAUUGUUAGGGAUCUGAAGCUGAAGAGGCCGAUUUACCAGAGCACUGCCUGCUACGGCCACUUCGGCCGCUCUGAGUUUUCCUGGGAGGACCCCAAGGACCUGAAGUAUUAAAGUUGUGCAAGCCAGUAGAAAUGCUUCCACAAGACAACCAGAAAAACUCAGAAUAACAGAGAACGGUACACUUCCUUGAACCCUGCUACAUAACAUCGACAUAACCAUGCCAUUAACAUGUCACAGCAGGUGUUAUUUGCUGUCGUGAGUUGUUUUGACAGAUUAUGUCCAGGAAUAUAACAGGUCAUGUAGUGUUGUAGUCAAGACUAUAAGAGGCGAGUCUGUGUCAAGACCGAGACCUGGACACAUCGAGUUUGAGUGAAGACUAAGACUUUAUAGUAAACUAAUCCAAGUCAAGACCGAGACUAGGAGUAGUGAGACUGAGACUCACUUUUUCGAAAGAAAACCUCAUAUCUUCAAAGUGGUAACUUUGCAGGAGAACCAAAAAACAUACUUCACUUUUAAUGUAAGUCAAUAGAACCAGACAAUUUUGUGCUGUUUUUUUCUGGCCCAUUCAUCAUGAAAUUUACAUACAACGUAAAAGGUGAGGAUACAAGGUUUUCUUCCAACAACAGUGAUAUAUAUAUAUAUAUAUAUGUUCAUUCUCUGUCCAUUCUUCUCUAAAACUAAUUCAGAAUCACCACACAAAGUCAACUGUAUAUGAACCAAACAGCAUACAUCCAUUUUUUAUUAUUUAAUGAAAACAUAAUAAUAACAACAUUCCAAUCUGUCCUCAGGGGAUGUUUGAGUUUUGGAUCCAAAGAACAUCAAUAAACAAAUAAUGCCAAGUUAAGCCAUCAUGGAAAAAUCAUUUAGAUCCUUAACCAGCAGCGAACAGAUUUUAUAUAUGUUUUAUGUUUAUACAUGUAGAGCCAGGAGUCCAUCUUACCCCAGGACUGAGACAGGACUGAGUCAAAAUGAUGUUGAGACUGAGACAAAACCAAGACCAUCAAUUUAUGGUUCUGCAACACUGUGUCACAUUACCAUUACCGUUAAUUGUCAUGAAUAAAUGUGUUCUGUCUAAUGUGCUUGAGUUUAUUAUGUUUGAUGUCAGUAUGACAAAAAAAUAGCAUGUGAUAUAAGCUGUCAUGACAUCAAACAUUAUGGCAUGUGUCAUAACAAUGAACAGCAAUGGUGACAUGUCACUGUUACAUUACUGAACAAAAUCUGUCAUGACAACUCCUGACAGCAUGACGUUUGUGGCAUGGUAAUGUUAGCUUUAUGUAGCAGGGUUCAAAUCUCAUCCAAUCUCGCCCGCUCCCACCCCCCUCUCUGAUUCUUCAUCUGCACAUUUGGACAUUAUUACAUUUAUCUGAGACCAGAGUGAAACAUAUAAUCUAAAACAAAUGAAAAUCCUCUGAUGCUGUGUAUGUAGGAAUCUGUCUGUCAGGGUUAGUUCUUCACACAUAUUAUUUUCCAAUUGAACACACAAUCCUGCAGCAUUUUUAGCUUUCUUUUAAUGACUAGCAAUGGCUGCCUUUGUAACAAACCCACCAUGUGGGGUUGCAUUCACCUUAUGGGUGGUGCUUAGCAGGCAAUGACCAGCUCUAAUUCAGAGCUUCAAGGAUGCAUUUCUUCAAUACAAUCAUAUCUUAAGUCUUAAGUCACUUCACUCUUGGUGCUACAGUCAGUUCCCACUUCUCAGCUGUUUCACUUUACAGGUAGAAAGGUCACUUUUUGAAAUCAGGAUUUCAGUGAUCUUCACCAUAACCUGUUACAAAUGGCCACAAAUCACAGUUCAAUGAAUUAGUGAUAGUCCCUUCAGCUAUCGUCUCUAUAAUUCUACUACAGUUAGUAUGUAAACGUCUAGCUGUCUUCAGUGUUCUCUUUAUUUAUCAGCAGCACCCAAAAGAACUGCUUCUUUUGAACUUUAUAUAGUUUGAUAGUGUUUCUUUUUUGCAUUAAUUCUUUUUCUCUUUUCUCUCUUUUUUGUAAAUUCAGUUUGUAAUAUAAUAUAUGAAUCUAUAGAUCACUAAAUACCAUGCUUUGAAGAGUGGGCAUAAACUGGUGGACCACUGUAAGCUUUGCAUUAGAAAGGCUGUUUCUAAUGCUGAGACUUUGCAGGAAGCAUACACCAUAAGAAAUGAUCUGUGUGCCUUAUUGCUUAUAAAGUUUGCUUUUUAUACCCUCUGUUUGGCAUUAAUGUUAUUUUGAAACUAGUGUAGGGGAGGUACUUCCGGACUGAUCUCAUGAGUGAAUGAUGCCUGUUUACAUGUAUAGAUCCACUGUGGUGUAAGAACACAUCGUUCACCAGAGGCCAGUGUGUGUAUGUGUGCGUGUAUCAUCAUCAUCAUCACCGUGUAGAUGCUGUGAGGUGUUGGUCAGCCUCAGUGGGACUGUUAUCUCUUUUCUGUGCCCAAGCAUUCUCCGAAAGGUGCUACUUCUUCAGUCGUCCUUGUUCUCAUCACACAAGUUCUGUCCAAGAAAUUUGUGUCUUAAAAAUCUGUGAUCUGAUCAUGUAAAUAAUUGUGAAUAAUUAAACUAUUGAAAAAAAAAAAACUCA